AUGGCAUACAAGCUUGCCGUGCAACUAAAACUAGCAAUAAAAUUUAACCAAGCAGAAGAAAAAGCAGGCUACAAGUGGCUUCAACCCUCUUUGAGAAGAAGAACAGAUUUAAGCAUUCGGAAAUCUGAAAACACUUCAACAGCGCGAGCAAAAGGAAUGUCACGAGAGGUGGUAACUAAAUACUUUCAAGACUUGGAGAGCGUACUUACCGAAUAUCAAUUGUUCGACAAACCAGGGAACGUGUACAACACAGAUGAAACUGGUUUGCAACUUAAUACAAAAGCAGGACUGGUAAUCGCUGAAAAAGGUUCAAAAGCUGUGUCCAUCAUCAGCCCUGGAGAAAAGGGAGAAACAAUAAGCGUUUUGGCUUGCUGUAAUGCGGAAAGAAGCUAUCUCCCCCCUUACUGUAUUUUUAAGGGAAAAAACAAAAAAGAUGAGUAG